AAGACGACCCAGCAAGAGUCCAAUCAGCCUCCUAACCCUUCUCCGCUCCGACGGCCUAAACCCCGCCGCCGAAAUGCUCCUCCGCCCUCUCCUCCGUCGCGGCGCCGCCGCCGCUGCCGCUGCCGCGGUAUCCUCCGGCGGGGCUCGCGCCACCGCACUCCCCGACCCGCCCGCCGCGCUUGCCUCCCUUCUCCUCGCCUCCCGAUCCUACGCGAAGGCCAAGGGCGGGGGCAAGCCGGCGUCGUCCACGUCAAACCGCGGCAAGGUCCGCGCCAAGGACCCGCGCGGGGUGGCGUCGGCUGAUGAUGCCGCCGGGGCCGAUUUCUCGGCCGGAGGCGCGGGCGACGACAUUGACACCGAGUUCGAGCUGCCCACCGACCCGCUGCCCCCUACAUAUGACCCCGCUCUCGACGUCGGCCCCGGCGGCCGCCCGCUCUUCGCCUUCACUGACACGUUCGGGUCCUUCGCCCACCGUGACGCGAACGUCUAUGUCGACUUCACUUUGGAUGAAUGGAAUGCCGUUUUACCAGAAGGGUUGCCAGCGGGCAUGAUGAAAGAGUUUCAGGAGACAAGACGGUGUGCUGUCAUGGUGAGGAAGAGCUUCCUAGAUCUCCGGGAUAACUUCCGUAGGAUUGUUGAUCCUGCUGUUACAACAAAGCUCAAAGAUACCAAAAAACAAAUUGUCUUGGAUGGCCCACGGAGUUGUGGUAAAAGCAUUGCACUCGCGAUGCUUGUCCAUUGGGCACGUACUGAAGGAUGGCUGGUAUUUUAUGUUCCACAAGGGAAGGAUUGGACUCAUGGAGGAUUCUUUUAUAGAAACACAUAUAGUGAUUUCUUUGAUACACCAUUACAGGCUGCCAAGAUCUUGCAGGAUUUUUUGAAGUUCAACGAAACACGCUUACAACAAUUACCAUGUCAAAUUUUUGAGCCUAUUCCCCUGGGAGAAGGUGCUGGUGUUGGAAUGAUGAAAGGAGCUGACACAAUGGAAAUGCCUGAAGGGUCGACAUUAUAUGAUCUCAUUCAAACUGGGAUAACUCACACGCAUGCUUCAGUUGGUGUUGUAGUUCGCUUAAGGAAGGAGCUGUCCCUUGUUAAAGACGUGCCUGUAUUGUUCGCUAUUGAUCAGUACAAUAGUUGGUUUACAUUCAGUGACUUCCAGGAACCUGUAACUGUCCGAUCCUGUCGAUCGAUCCAUGCAAAAGAGCUUACAAUGGUCAAUGCUUAUAGACCAAUGGUGCACAAUGAUAUGAUGGUGGGGGCCUUUUCACACUCAACAGCAGUCGGCAAACUACGGCAGGAGCUGCCAGAUGUUCCUUCUGAUGCUCGUUUGAUCUUUCCACGUUACACCUUAGAUGAAGCUGAGACUGUGUGUCACUAUUACAUGAGGCAAAAGAUCAUUCGGCGCGAGAAUUUUUCAGAAGAGAAAUGGAAAAAGAUAUUUUACUUAUCAAAUGGAAAUGGUGCAGAGAUGAGAUGGCUUGCUGCCUUUGUUUGAGUCUCUGAUACUUGGAUUAUACUCGGUUUUGAUGGUGGUCUAGAAAGGUUGCCACUUCUGUUUCAGCAUGCUGUUCGACACCACAGUUAAUUGUUGUAUACUUGUAGUUUGUCUCAUGACAUUUCUAGCAUAAAAUUUGGCGUCAACAUCAUUUUUGCUGAGUAGAAUUUGAGGAGAUAAAACAUAAGUUUGUGGCUCCGUUACAUGAUUAUAUCAUGGGGGCCCUUUCAGUUCUGCUCAGAUGCUAGAUACAAAAUAAUAAUCAACUGAUGUGUAACAUUGUUCGUGGAGAAGUUUUCACAUGUUUUGGCUUCUGUGUUUCUCAUGUAGCUGAGCUGCCUGCGAGCUCACUGUGCUUAUGGAUAUGAUAUAUGAGUUGAUGCCAAUCUACUCAGCAUGCUACAUUGUUGCUGAAUUGAGCCAUUGAUUUUUUUUUUUUGAUUUUGUUGUACGAAUGGAACAAGUAUUGGAGUUUGGAACUCAAAGGUUAUUACUUGUACGUGGCAUAUCCCCUUCACAGUA